AAAGCAGCAAAAGGUAUUAAAAUUUAUAUGGUAUACACAGAUGUAUGGAUAGAUACAUGUUCCUGUUUUACAAAUGCAAAAAUUGCGUUGAAGUCAUAAAAAUGACAAAAUUUUGAGAGAAGGGUAAUCAAGCCAAUAUAAAUAUUAAGAGACAACCAAUACAGUACAUUUUGAAAUGACGGAAGUGGUAGUGUGAUGAACAGAAAUUAAGAAUUGAUGCUGUUAGUUAUUUAUCAUCGAAUCUUAAGAUACUCAUAUAACUAACUUGCACUAAAACUGUGCAAAAUCAAGGGGAAAAGUAGAAACAGUCAGCAGUAUGUUAAUAUCAGCAAAUACAACAUUAAAGCCUGCGGCCACAACAGCAACGGCGAUGCCACCAUCCGCAGUAACUUCACCGUCUUCUCCUUUAAUUACAAUGAUGACUACAACCAUUAAUACAUCCACCACAGCCACGUCAGUGUUGCCGGUAAUGUCUUCUUCCAUAUCCACCCCGCCAGUAUCCGCCGAGUCUCCAACAGUUCAAAGCCUAAAUAUUACUACUAAUACCAAAUGUGAUGCCCCAUUUGGAAAUGAGACAUCGCCAUGUAAUAGUGAAAGCAAUAACAGUCAACAUACAACUUUAGAUGAUCAUCCAAUUAUCAAGAAAUCUAAUAACAAUACCAGUCAUGAACGAGAAUCUUCGUCUAAUAUUUCAUCAGGGUCUUUGCUCAGAAAGAGCUCAGCCAAUAUUAACAGUUGCUCAAUUCAAUAUAAUGAAUCUUCUCCCAAUAAUAGCGGCAGCGAUCAUUCAAAUAGCAGCAGCACACCUCAACCUAUUCUUGAUAACAAUGGAAAUGAUGACGAAAAAAAGGGUACUAUUAAGGAAGAAGAUCGUGAAAAAUCUAACGGCUCCAUUUCCAGUUCGAGCUCUAUUUCAAGCUCAGGCUCUAAUACAAGUUUUUCGUCGUCCUCGUCCUCAACAACUGCUGGAAUUAAAAGUAUCGCUUCGGCUGAAGAAGAAAAGGGAGUCGCCAUUAAAAAAGAAGAGAACAACAUGUCACCAGUCGGUUUUGGUUCUAUAGGAAACGUUAAUCAUAAUGCGUCCCUUUUGGAAAAUUCUGGAACAUCACUUUCCUCUCAAAUAAAUGAAUCUGCUGCAAAUAAUAGUAUUUCUGACAAAAUGAUAAAUUUAUCGAACGCGGGUUGUGGUGAUGAUAACGAUUGCUCUGCCAAUAAUGCAAAUGCAGGUGGACUUGAAAUUUUACCAAUUUCAAAUGCGAACUCACAUUCGUUAGUUACCAAAGCUAAUGAUUAUUGUUCCGAAUCAGUUGUGAUAAACAAUGCACCAACAACGCCAAUGUCGCAUAACUCUAUUCACACCUAUAACGCAAAUACGAAUACUAGUGGCAGCAGUAUGAUGGGUGGCAGUUGCCUUGACUACAUGCAGCAGCAAAAUCAUAUAUUCGUUUUCUCGACGCAGUUGGCUAAUAAAGGUGCUGAAGCAGUUCUUACCGGACUGUGUCCUACUAUAAUUGCAUAUCAUUGCACACAGCCAGCUACAAAGAGUUUCCUGGAAGAUUUCUUUCUUAAGAAUUCGAUGAAAAUGACAAAACUUCAGCGACAAAAUACUUUGAAUAUAUGUAAUAUGUCAAGUGGAGGUAUAGGUGUCGGAACUCAAUCUUGGUUAAAUACUAUAACAAAAAUGCCGCACAAAUCAGAAAUGAAUGCCCUUACUGGCGAUGAAAAUGACGUACUAUGUUGGGAACAAAAUCGAAGUAGUGGAAUAGAUACAUCUACAGAGAACAAUGCUAUAAAAAUUUUGGAUAACGUCGAUGCUGGUAGUAAAUUGGGUUCAUCAGAAGUUGACAACAACGCUAUACCGUCUUUGCAAGGGGUAAAAGUUCCAGAUGAAAAUUUAACACCGCAACAAAGGCAACAUCGGGAAGAGCAACUAGCUAAAUUGAAAAAAAUGAAUCAGUUUUUAUUUCCUGAAAAUGGUAGUAAUGAGUUUCGUGCUGACAUGACAGGAAGCCAAUUAGGAAAAGUUUCGGUGGACGCUGCAACAGGAAAUUUGUCGGCAAACUCAAUGCUGGCAUUAUCCGGUUCUACUGGUCAAUUAGGUAAUAAAAUAGGUCCCACGGUUCGUGGCGUGCAAUCAAAUAUGAUAACUCAUGGAAAAGUCACUAAUUGUAAUUCGGAUGCUAUAACCGGUUUGGGUCAAGAUGUGCUAUUACCAUCCGACAUGAUUAAUGCUGGUGAUGUGCCAAUUAUAACAGGUUGUAGUGGUCCAAGUAAGGGCCCAAAGAAUAUGCAAAUGAACAAUCAUUCUAAUAUGGACAGCAUUCUAAGUUCAAUGAAUUCAAAUAUUAACAUGAUAACCAAUAUGUCAGGUAGUUCCAUACCAGCUAAUCCACCAAUCAGCAUGACAACUGGUAAUAUGAUAAAAAAAAAUUCGGUACCAAUUAUUACAGGUAGCUCUGCAUCUAACAUUGUUAAUAAUUCUAUGGUGUGUUCGGUGAGUGCCAAUGAUAUUAACGAUCCCAACGGAGGAGGUAUGCCCAACAAUAGCGAUCUAUUGACAAGUUUCGGGCAGAAUUUUCCAUCAGUUAACGACACUAACAAACACAUGGCUAACGCUCAUUCGGAAAUGGUUCAAGCAGGCUCUAUAGCGCAAAUUGAAUGGAGUAAAUUACAGCAACCCUUCUACGAAGAACGACUGAAGGGGAACGUGCCUGAUUUAACUUGUAAUGCACUAUCAAAUCCAUCAACUCGUGCCAAUCCAGUUAGCAUGAACUUGACUUCACGGCCGAAUACAACGACUGCAUGUAUGUCAACUAACGCACAAAAUAAUCGUCCUGGUCCUCCACCUCCUUAUCAUUGCACUCAGCGUCCUGCCUCAGUACCUAUUACAUCUCAAUCACCAUCGAGUCCUCACAAUCCCACAUCGAAUCUAUCAUUGCCGUCUCCACGAAUAUCAGGUGGUGUCAUGGGAGUUCCAACAAAUUCACCCAACAUGGACGUAUCCGCAUCGUCUGUAGCUGCUACCCCUGCUACAUCCACAUGUACAACAACGGGCGCAACAUCAAACAGUGCUAAUACUAGCCUACAACCAAAAAUUAGUUACUCCCAAGAGGGCUCUCCCUCUGCUAUAAAUCAAAGCGCAGCUGCUGGACUUUCCACAAGGGGUCGUAACACCACAAACUCAUUAAAUAGUAACCCUAGUACACCACUGUCACUGUCACAUGUGUCUCCGAAGGAUUUAGAUACAUCCAAUAUAAAUACUUCUGCAACAGACCAGAAAUCGACAAGACCCAGUCCUCAGAGAUCGAGAAGUCCUCUACUGAUGGCGAGCAAUACUGGCGGACUUGUCGAAAUAUCAAACCUGGAACCCCGAUUUUCAAGCCCAGGGCAAAAUUUUGCAAACGGUAUUAACGGAGGAUCUUCAAACCCAUUUAAAAACCAAUCAGGAGUUUUGGACCGGCAAAACAUGACAGGCCAAAUGUCGUCACAUUUUAGCCGCCGACCUGAUAAUAUGCCGUUGAAUCCAAACAAUAACAGGACAGGUCAAAGCAAGAUGACUAACUCUUUUGACCCAAUUACAUCGCUGGCUCAAAUGUCGCAGCAACUAGGUGUAGGCGUUAACAUGGCGAGUACACCCGGCAGUAUUGGGGCGUUAGGCACUGGUAGCGCUGUAAAUGAUAUGAGUCCGUCCACUAAUAUGAAUAUGGACAGUCUCAUGAGUUCAUUAGAUCCAUCAAUAUCAGAACAUUGCAACUCGGCCGGCGGAAAUAUGGGUAUUGUUGGUAGUUCCUCCGUAUCGUUUGGUCCGAGCAAUUGUCAUAUGAUAGGGCCAAUGGGACAACGCCUAAUGAGUCCGAAAAUGUGUGGCAAUGCUAACGUCGCAACUUUCACUUCUGUCAAUACCAGUAUGCGGGAGAGCUCAGCUCCAUUUUCGGGUAUGAUGUCUACACAUCGUAUGGUAAACCAUCGAAUCUCGACAAAUUUCGCCAAUUUUAACGUUUCGCCUAAUAUCCAAGUUAAAGCUAGUACUCCGAACACAAUACAAUACAUGCCAGUCCGACCGCAAAAUAAUAACAAUAACACUAUGCGUGCAACACCAAGUUUGGAGUUUUUACGUUAUACCAACCCACAACUAAUAGGGCCAGCUGGUAGUCUGUCGGGAGUUGGUGUCCUAGAUAGUUCAAGUCACAUAACCCAAAUGAAUGCAGCAAACGACAUAGGCAAAGUGGCUAAUGCCUCGAAUGGCUUAGGAACAAAUAUGCAACAAAUGAAUUUUUACGGCAAUUGCAACCAAAUAAAUUCUGUAGGUAUGGUUGAACAAGAUGAAUUACAAAGCACUGGUGGCCUACUUUCUCCCCAUGACUUGAAUCUAAACCAACAUGGAAAUGUUUUGAGAGGUAUGAGACCGAUGCGUCAGCCUAGUAUGGCUCAAGGUGGUGGGUUAGCUGGACCGCGAAUGCAACUUCCGGGAAUGCCCAAUAUAACUUCAACAGGUUCUAACGCUUUAAGUCCAUUUUCUGGUAACGAUCCAGAGUCAAUGGAUAUAAGCGAAUCGUCACCAUCCAUGUUCAAUAGCGCGGCCUCUGGCGGGGGGCAGCUUCAAAUGUAUCAGCAAAAGCCGAACAAAAGUAUGGCUUUAAAUGCCGUAAACGCAGGCGUCAGUAAUAAUGCGGUACCAAACAAUAACAUUCUUACUAAUGAUCAAACACAAUCGAGAUCUUUGCAGGCGACAGUUCUAAUAGGACCAGGACCCAGCAACAAUAUACUUCCGAAUCCAUUAAAUGUUAACGGAAAUAUUAUGCCUGCCGGAUGUUCUAGUGGCAGCAUCAACUAUAAGUCUUUCGUAGGACCAACUUCGAAUGAUCUAAAGUAUGCUCAGCAAUAUCAUACUUUUCAGCAGCAGCUAUAUGCAACGUCUACGCGAAAUCAACAACCUGGAAAUUCUGCAAACAUCAUGAACCCGACCAACAAUUCAAAUGCUGGUUUCUUUGUUAAUAAAUAAUCAAAUAUAUAUUCACCUCAUAA